UUUUCCGUGUCUUCGCCUGAAGUCAUUCUGUGGUUUUUGAAAAAAUGUGCUGUAUAUUUUCAGGGCUGUGUCACAUGACCUGCUAGGGUUAUGAAUAGCUGAGUAUAAUGAUUUCUUAGUGAACGUUUAAAAAAAAGAGAGAGAGCGAGAGCGAGAGUGAUUCUCAGCUAGAGGGAGGCUCGCAUUCGUUCAGCUACGGCAGGCAAAGAGACGGGACGUGGAAAGUUCCCCUGACUCCAGGUGUCUGUGUCCCCCACACCAAGGCAGCCAGGCCUGCAGACCAGAAAGAGAAAGGUGAAGGGAGACGUCUUCUUCCAGAGCUGCAAAGUUGCACAGAUGUAGCCAUGGGACCAUCUGUCCGGAGCAGUGACAGCGCAACCCAGACUUGCUAAGCAGGACCCUGAUUCUCUUCAUCAGCAGACCCGUGAGCCCAGCCAUGGCAGGAAACAAGGAGAGGGGCUGCCCCGGCGGAACCCCCUUGGCUCAUGUGAACGGCUUCCCGCCUGCCAUAUACCCUUUCCCGUUCCCGAAUCCCCACUUUGAGGCGCUCACCAAUGGAGGCUACUUCCGCAGUUUCCCUACUGACCUGCCCAAGGAGAUGGCAUCGCUCUCGGUGGAGACCCAGAGCACAAGUUCGGAGGAGAUGGUGCCCAGCUCCCCCUCUCCGCCCCCACCUCCACGUGUCUAUAAACCUUGUUUCGUCUGCAAUGACAAAUCGUCUGGCUACCAUUACGGAGUCAGCUCCUGCGAGGGGUGCAAGGGCUUCUUCCGCCGAAGCAUUCAGAAGAACAUGGUGUACACCUGCCACCGGGACAAGAACUGUCAGAUCAACAAAGUCACUCGCAACCGCUGCCAGUAUUGCCGCCUCCAGAAGUGCUUUGAGGUUGGCAUGUCCAAGGAAGCUGUGAGGAACGACCGCAACAAGAAGAAGAAGGAUGUGAAAGAGGAGGUGGUGGUGGACAGCUAUGAAAUGACGCCAGAACUGGAAGAGCUUAUCCAGAAGGUCAGCAAGGCUCAUCAGGAAACCUUCCCCUCACUCUGCCAGCUGGGCAAAUACACCACGAAUUCCAGUGCAGAUCACAGGGUACAACUGGACCUGGGACUGUGGGACAAGUUCAGCGAACUGGCCACCAAAUGCAUCAUCAAAAUUGUGGAGUUUGCCAAACGUCUGCCAGGCUUCACCAGUCUCAGCAUUGCCGACCAGAUCACCUUGCUCAAGGCAGCCUGCCUAGACAUCCUGAUGCUCCGUAUCUGUACCCGCUACACCCCAGAGCAGGACACCAUGACCUUCUCGGAUGGGCUGACCCUGAACCGCACCCAGAUGCAUAACGCUGGAUUUGGACCCCUCACUGACUUGGUCUUUGCCUUCGCUGGGCAGUUGCUGCCUCUCGAAAUGGACGAUACGGAGACCGGCUUGCUCAGUGCCAUCUGUCUUAUCUGUGGAGAUCGUAUGGAUUUGGAGGAGCCAGAGAAAGUGGACAAGCUGCAGGAGCCGCUACUGGAAGCACUGAAGAUCUAUGCUCGCCGACGUCGACCCAACAAGCCUUACAUGUUCCCCCGCAUGCUGAUGAAGAUCACCGACCUACGGGGCAUCAGCACCAAAGGUGCAGAACGAGCCAUCACCCUGAAGAUGGAGAUCCCAGGCCCUAUGCCGCCCCUCAUCCGAGAAAUGCUGGAAAAUCCCGAGAUGUUUGAAGAGGAAUUAUCACAGCCUCCACCGGUGGCAGAACCCCUCAGCUCCGAGGAGAGCCCAGCAGACCCCAAGAGCCAGGAGGAGGCCCCCUAGCAUCUCACGCGAGCCAGGAUCUAGGCUAGGGAAGGUGGGGGAGAAAGUCCUUUCCCAUGUACCUCCUCGGUCCUUCCCAAAGCUCAUUUCCUCCAGGACUGUGCACUUGCCUUCCCUGCUCUCAGCCAUGCACCGGAGACUGGGAUAACGGCAACGCUCGAGACCAACUAGGAGGCAUGCAUGCCCCUCUCCUCUGCUACAGCGGCCGACUCUGGGGGUGGAUGUCUCUUGCCUUAACCUUCCUCCUAUGGGGUCUUGGAUGCAUACUCAGAAGCCUUCGCUCCCAACCCCAAAGCUUUGCCAAAGUCCCAGGCUGCCUGUCCUGUCAAGUCAGGUGCCCUCAAGCCAAAUAUUCAGGACGUGGGAAGCCCCCAAGGGGCUCAGACUCGAAGAGCCUCCCUCUCCCAAACAGGAGGAUCUCCAAAUGUGCAAUUUCGGUGCUGGCAGGAAAAGGGGCAUCUCAAGAACCGACGGGCCUCUAGACGGCGGUCCUGCCUGCCUCGCCGCUCCGCCAUCCUGACUGGGGAUCACAUCUGUACCCUGCAUCCUCCGAAGUCAGGAACCCAGGCAUCCGGGACGCUAUUUAUUCAGGUCUCUGAAGACAGAGGGAUAGCAUGCCCUCCCCAGCUGCCCCACGCACACAAAGAUAUCUCGGACCAAUGACUUUUUGGGGUUUGGGGAGAGCAAAGCCAGGACUUCAACACAUCCCUAUGCCCUAUCAGAACUUUCCUGGGGUGGGUCGGGGAGGGCUAAUAACCAUUUUUGUGGAUUCUAAUGGUGGGAUGUGUAUUUUUUUUUUAGAGGGGUGAGUAUAGGAGGGCGGGAACAGGGCUUUUUUUGUGCUUUUUUGUUAGCUGUAUAAAGUGCUAAUGUUUUGUUGUUGGGGCAGAGAUUAAUCCCAUAAUGGGGAGGGAUGGUGGGGGGGGGUCCUCCCCAUGACCUCCCGAGUCUCAAGAUGGGGGAGAAGGGGAGUAUAGGGGGUGGGUGGGGGAGCCUGUGUCUUUUCUUGCUUGGAAUGCUUUCGACGCCCCCCUCUGGUGCUAAGGACUCUGGGAAAUGGACCCCAAAGGACACUAGAUACCAAAGAUAUCAAGGAAUGGGUGGAGAUUAAGGGCACAGAGCCACAGACUUAAACCCAUUUCUUCUCUCAGGGCCUCCUUUUCCUGCCCUCCCAAUGGGGAGCCAAGUGCCCUGCACACAAAGAUUGAACAGGUUGGGCGGGGGGAGUGUUCCGGGCGGGGGGAGGACGCCGCUUGUCUUAACCCACUUUCCGCUCUGUUUCCCCAGCACUUUGAUGAUGGGUGGUGGUGAAUUACUCUUGCUGUAGGCAACUUUGCCCCCCUUCCCCCACGGGCCUAGAGGAGACCGGCACCAGCUCCCCCCUCCCUCCCCCAGAACCAGUGGAUCAAAUAAAGACAUAGCAAAUGCUUUCUCAACCCCUAGAGGGCAAACAUUUUGCAAGAGAAAGUUUCACCCCACUCUCUCCUCCUAGCAACACCCAGUCCUUGAACACUACAACAGACCCUUUUUGCUGAGGAUUCGCCGUGAAGUGGCUGCUAUUCCACCUCUCUUCCCUUACUCCCCACCCCCAGACCUUGCUCGGAUCAGGGGCAAGAGACCGUCAGACCACCAGACCCUAUUUCCCGCUGCAUGGCAGCUGUGGAAGGCACCAUAGCGAGUGCUGGGUGGGGCUCAUCCACUUGGGGGAAUGAGAACUGAAGGUGCUGCUGCCCCCUGCUGGCCAAGAAUGGGGCAACGCUUUCAGUGGGUUUAUUUAUUUGCCUUUUGAGUCGUUCCCCCCCUCCCAUCCCACCCUGCUCCGGAGUUGGUGAUGAGGGAUAAUAUUACCCUGAGGAAUGGGAGCUGCACCGAUUGUCCCCACUUGUCUUAAGCUGUCAAUUUUUUUAAAAAGAAAUUACCCCAGGCCUUAAAAUGGGGUCUAUUUGCUGCGUGGGUGGGGGUGGGUGGGUGGGAGGGAGGGAAGAGAAGGUGAAGCCCUUCUGUGAUGUUUACAGAACAGCGUUCCAUGGUAUUUUAGAGGAAUCUUUCCUGACCCCUGCACUCCCAGCUGUGCCACAGAAGAGAGGGGGACUUUUCUAUUUUUGCAAAAUAAAGUGAUGGAAACCCAAA